GAAUAAUACUGUCGUCUGUGGUCUUCAUUCCAGCGCCAAAGAUAAAGACCUCACAUCCAAAAAGAACUCAUCUCCUACCUAUGACCACCCUUUCAAUUCAUCCUCUCUCAAAUUCGAGAAACAUAUCAGCAGACAAUUAAAGCUCCGCCCUUUAUCCCGCCGCAUCAACAAACAUAGCCUCUCGUCUCCUUCCUUUCAUUUUCCUAUCCAACGCCAACCAUAACGUCACUCUUCCCCACUGCCUUUUCUGUUCUGGAUUAAAUGCCGCCAUUAAUUGCCUGCUUCUCCCUGCAACGGCCACCUCAUUAAACCCAAUUUCUGCCCAACGGUCUCUUCCCACAACAACAUUCGGGUCUUUCAGCCACGCUUAUGUCUUCUCUUACUCUGCUCCUCUCAUCCAUCAUAUUUUCCUUCUUUCUCCCUUCCGUUGCCGACCUGCCGCAGUUAGCUACGGACAAAUCCGCGCUGCUCGAGUUCGCCGCCGCCACUCCUCACGCUCGCCUCCUUUAUUGGGACCCUAGCACCUCACCUUGCCUCAACUGGACCGGCGUUUCCUGCAAUGCUGACGGCUCCCGGGUCGUCGCCCUCCGCCUCCCCGGCUUCGGGUUCGUCGGCCCAAUCCGAUCUGAAAUACUGACCCGCCUAUCUGCACUCCAAAUUCUCAGUCUUCGCUUCAAUGCUUUUGACGGAUCGCUUCCUUCCGACCUCGCCAAUCUCUCCUCCCUUACCGCUCUCCACCUCCAAAAUAAUCAUUUUUCAGGAAACAUCCCUCCUUUGAUCUCCAAUCUCACCCGCCUCGUAGCCCUCAACCUCGCUGGCAAUUCCCUCUCCGGCGAAAUACCCGAUCUGAAACUCCCCAGUCUCAAAUUCCUCAACUUGUCUUACAACCACUUCACCGGAAGCAUCCCGCCCUCACUCCUUCGAUUCCCCGACUCGUCCUUCGCCGGCAACAAAAUCUCUCCUUUUCCCCCUAUUAUAACCGCCCCUCCCCUUACGCCGUCCAAGAAAUUGAGUGAGGGAGCUCUCCUUGGCAUUAUAGCUGCCGGAUGUGCGGCAUUGGCGGUGAGUACGGCCCUCUGCUGCUUGAGACUGAAAAAGGAGAGCAUGGAGGUGGUGACCGGAGGGAAAGCGAUGAAAGGAAAAUGGCCAAUGGAGAAGAUGGAGGCUGUUAGCCAGGAAGGCAAUAAUACGCUAGUGUUCUUUAACGGUUCCACACUGGCGUUCGAUUUGGAGGAUUUGCUGAGGGCUUCGGCGGAGGUUCUUGGCAAGGGGACGUUUGGUGCGGCUUACAAGGCAGUGCUGGAGGAUGGGACGACGGUGGUGGUGAAGAGGUUGAAGGAGGUGGGGAUUGGGAGAAAGGAAUUUGAGCUGCAGAUGGAGGUGGUGGGGAAGAUAAGGCAUCAGAAUGUGGCGGAGUUAAGAGCUUAUUACUAUUCCAAAGAUGAGAAGUUGAUGGUAUAUGACUACUUCAGUCAAGGGAGCGUGUACUCCUUGCUGCAUGGGAAGGGAGAGGAAGAUAGGGUUCCUCUUGACUGGGAAACCAGACUUAAUAUAGCCCUCGGUGCUGCAGUAGGAAUCGCUCACAUCCACACACAGAACAAUGGAAAACUUGCUCAUGGAAACAUCAAAUCCUCAAACAUUUUCCUCAACGAGCAACAAUAUGGCUGUGUUUCAGACCUUGGCUUAGCUGCUGCGCCUAUAAACUCGACAGCCCUUUCUAUGUCGUCCCGUACCGCCGGCUAUCGCGCACCGGAGAUCACUGAAACAAGGAAACCAUCACAGUCGUCAGAUAUCUACAGCUUCGGCGUAGUCCUUCUUGAGCUCCUCACCGGAAAACCUGCCAUACAGAUAGUUCGGGGUGGCGAUGAGAUCAUCCACCUGGUUCGCUGGGUGCAGUCGGUGGUGCGCGAAGAGUGGACAGCCGAAGUGUUUGAUGUGCAGUUGCUGAGAUAUCCGAACAUAGAAGAGGAGAUGGUGGAGAUGCUUCAGAUUGCGAUGGCGUGUGUUGUGAGGGUUCCAGAGAAGAGGCCUCAGAUGUCACAAGUGGUGAAGAUGAUCGGUGAUGUUAGAAAAUUCGAUAGCCAUAACUGGCUUUCAACAGAAGAAAGAGAAGAUUAAUUAACUUGUAGCAUAAAUUUCAUGGGAAUAUCGUCAUCUGUUGAGUGUGUUGAUGCAUCUUUCCUUUGAAUUGAUAGCAAUCAUUGUGUCAAGAUGGAGUUUUAUAGGUUGAAUUGCUGGUGAAAUUAAGAUUUUUUUUUUUUA